CCUCACUUGAUAGAAUUUUUGGUGCAACACUUGAACCACCGUUAGUUCCUAGAAUCUUUAUCUAUAAUCAGAUUAUCAAUAUUUUUGGACAAAUAGAGGAUUAUUUUUGGAUCCAACGAAUAACUGUUAAAAUAUACAACACAAGCUGAGGGUUGGGUUCAAAUCACGGUCACCUGAGUUAGGAGUUAAACUAAACAAUUGUUUGUCCUAAGAAUUGCGAACCCAUCUCUCUCUCUCUCUUUGUCUUGUGACAUCAGAAUUUAGAAGUGAGAAUGUUUUGGUAACACAGACACAGAACAGAGUGGCGGUUAAAAGAACAACACUGCCACUUCCACGCUUUUUGUCCAAAUCUCAAUGCCAACAUUGUAAGCAAACAACAUUUUCUUUGAGAUUUACGCAACAUCAUCAUCAUCGUUGUUCCCUUUUGUCAUGUUGCUGUCAUCAACAGUUUCCCAUAAUUCUGUUGUUUUCAGAUCGGACUCACUCUGACUACCACAACAGUCGCAGACCUAAAUGGCCUACGAUAAAGCAGUGCUGUCGGAUACAAUGAAGAAUAUGAUUUCACCCAUUCAAAGUGCUGCGCCAUCUCCUACUUUUCUAUGGAGGUUCAAGGUGACACUCUUUCUGAUAUGGGCACUUACUUGCUGUAAGAUUAGUUGGGAUUCUGUCAUGAGAAUGGAUGCUAAAUUGCGAGACCUGUUUUUAUAUGAGGCAUUUUUGUAUUACAACCCUCUCCUACUUGUGACUAUUAUGGUCUGGCUUUGGGGAGUGAAUUUAUGGGUAUUUCUACAAUCCAAUGUAAGCUAUCCCAAGAUUUUUGAUCUUGAUCAAAAUCACCUUACCCACAGAGAAAUAUGGAAGUGUAGUACUUGGAUGACAAUCAUUGUCCCUACUAGCAUGACUGCUUAUCUCUAUCUCUAUUCUCAUGGGGAAGUAUCGUUGGCUGCAUCUCAACCAGUGCUUCUCUACAUUUUUGUUGCAAUGGUCUUGAUCUUUCCCUUCGAUAUUUUCUAUUUGUCCUCUCGGUACUUCUUUUUGAGGACAUUAUUGCGGAUAGCUUUCCCUUUGCAGCCAAUUUCCUUUCCCGACUUUUUCUUGGCUGAUAUUUUAACCUCCAUGGCAAAGGUGUUUUCAGAUUUGGAGCGUUCAGUUUGUAGAAUGGUAAACAGACAGGUUGCCACAAUUGCUUGGCUUGAAGCUGAUUCAGUUUGUGGUAGUCACUCAAUUGCGAUACCAAUAGUUCUUGUUCUUCCUUAUUUAUGGCGUCUAUUGCAAUGUCUUCGCCAAUACAAAGAUACCAAAGAAAAAAACUGUCUCUUCAAUGCUUUAAAAUAUUCGACAGCAAUCCCAGUAAUUUUUCUUUCUGCCCUUAAAUAUCAUGUCUUCCCUGAGAAAUGGACAAAUCUUUAUCGUCCGCUGUGGCUUCUCUCAAGUGUCAUUAAUUCACUCUAUUCAUUUUACUGGGAUAUAACCAGAGAUUGGGAUUUAAGCGGCUUUUCACGCAUAUUCAAGUUCAACAAACCAAGUCUAGUUUCCAAUGUGUUUUAUGGACGGCAAUGGGUAUACUUUUGGGUAAUUGGAAGCAACCUUAUUCUACGUGGUUCAUGGACAUACAAGUUAUCUGCUCAUUUACGUCAUAACUACCUGACGGUGUUUGGCAUCACUCUGUUGGAGAUGUUCCGGCGCUUCCAAUGGGUGUUUUUUAGAGUUGAAAAUGAAUGGAACAAGAUUACUCGGUCCGGUGUUCAACUCGCAGAAAUUCCAAGAGAGGAGGAGAAAUUGCUAGGCACGAACAUUCAUGAUGUAUAGAGAAACUCAGCCAAACCAAAUUUUGCCUAUGUCUUCAUACCAUGGCUAGGACUAAUUCAAAUUUUCAGUUAAAAUUAUUGUUGUAAUCCCAAAAAGCAUUUUCCUUCAUGUGUUCUCGGCCUACCGACAGAAGGGAGUUUUCAUGCAUACAUACAUGCAAAGAUGCUUGGGAAGAGACUCUUUUCAGACCAUUUGUACUUGAUGGAAGUCCCAACAGCUCAAUGAAGAUGAAGAGCUGCAACAAGUAGUAGAUGAGAACAGUUGUGGCCAUGAUGGACGUUGCUUUCAAUUUUUUUUCACCCUAUUUGUUUGUGUUACUUCAAAUUAGACGAGCAUUUGUAACAGGGAAAAAUAUGAACCCAAAAGUUGUUUGCUGGGUUAAAAAAAGUUAAAUCAGGAUACAUACACUUUUAAUAAAAAAAAUAGAGGUUGAAUCAGUUAAA